AUGCCGUCGGGCAGCGCCGCGGAAGGAGCGGAGACGAGACGCACGAUCCCACGGCGGCCACUCCUCGAGGAUCGAGAAACAUCGAUUGGGCCUCCUGAACAGGCAGGGAGUAAGGAACAGUGCACGGGCAGACAGCCGAUCGCCUUUGUUGGCUAUGAUCGUUCGGGCUACAACAGACAGCCUGGCACUUCUGCACCUCGUGAAGCGAGAACGAUAGAGAGACAGAGGAACAAGCAGCGCCGAAGACUGUUGUUGGCUACUGUUGGGCGCCGGUCUUUUCAGCGAACCUUCUACUUCCUGGGCUGA